UGGUUUCUUUGUUGUUGUUUCGCGUUUGCCCUCGACUGAUAUUCGUGAUUUUCGUUCGCUUGGCGGCGGGUGCGCGUUUUUAUUCGCCUUCCCGUUUCUCAGUUCUGUGAUAAGCCGUGUACUUAACAAAUCAGCGAUUGUUGACAAUCGCUAAUGGCCAGUGUUUUAGCCAGAGAGAUGCCAAAAUAAGCCUCGAAAUAGCAGUGUUUGGAAUUGUGCAGUGCAGUUGGCAGUGCAGUUGGCAGUGCAGUUAGCAGCGCAGCAGCAGCGCAUAUUUGCGCUUCAGUGCAGCGCCGAUCAACGGAACGGAUCCGGACUGAUCUGAACUGGUGGUGGCCUCUAGGAACAGUAGCUUCCCGCCAUGAAGUUCGCCGAGCACCUGUCGGCGCACAUAACGCCCGAAUGGCGGAAACAAUACAUCAACUAUGAGGAAAUGAAAGCCAUGCUGUACUUGGCCGUGGAGGAGGCGCCGUCGGUGGAGAGUGUGGAGGAUGAUGUCCUGAAACGGCACUUUGCCAACUUCGAUGAGAAUUUCUUCCACUACUGCGACAAGGAGCUGAAGAAGAUCAACACAUUCUACUCGGAGAAGCUGGCGGAGGCCACUCGCAAGUUCGCCACUCUGAACGCCGAGCUGAAGACCUCGCUGGAGGAGUCCGAGCGGAGUGCCAAGAAGUCCAAGGGCCAGAAGAAGAAUGCCGCUCUGCCGGAGAGGAAGGCCCGGGAGCUCAAGUUGGCCUUCAGCGAGUUCUAUCUCAGUCUGAUCCUGCUCCAGAACUACCAGAAUCUGAAUCAUACCGGUUUCCGGAAAAUACUCAAGAAGCACGAUAAGCUGCUGCGUGUGGAUAGCGGCGCCAAGUGGCGACAGGAGUAUGUGGAGGCGUCGCACUUCUUCACCAACAAGGACAUCGACAACAUCAUCAACGAGACAGAGACCACCGUCACCGGGGAGCUGGAAGGAGGCGACCGGCAGCGGGCCAUGAAACGGUUGAGAGUUCCACCCCUCGGCGAGCAGCAGAGCCCGUGGACGACCUUCAAGGUGGGCCUCUUCUCCGGCAGCUUCAUCGUCCUGGGCAUCGUGGUGGUGCUGUCGGCGAUCUUCCACGAGAUUAGCGGCGAGAAUCUGAAGGUCACCUUCCGGCUAUAUCGCGGUCCGCUGCUCAUCAUCGAGUUCAUCUUCCUCAUCGGCGUCAAUAUCUACGGCUGGCGGUCGUCGGGCGUGAAUCAUGUCCUGAUCUUCGAGCUGGAUCCGCGGAAUCACCUCUCCGAGCAGCAUCUCAUGGAGUUGGCGGCCAUCUUCGGUGUGGUGUGGACUCUGAGCAUGCUGAGCUACCUGUACAGCGCCAGUCUGGCCAUUCCGGCCUUCAUCAAUCCCCUGACACUCACCCUGAUCAUGGUCCUCUUCCUGGCCAAUCCCUUCCAUGUGCUCCAUCACGACGCCAGGUUCUGGCUGUGGAGGAUUACGGGACGUUGUUUGGCGGCGCCGUUCUUCCAUGUGGGCUUCGCCGAUUUCUGGCUGGGCGAUCAGCUGAACUCGCUGGUGACGGCCAUACUGGACUUUGAAUACCUCAUCUGUUUCUACUUCACGAACGGCAACUGGACGGAGGCACGCGACGCCUCCAUCUGCAUGGAGAAGGACUUCAUCAUCCGGCCGAUAGUGAACUGUUUGCCGGCCUGGUUCCGGUUCGCCCAGUGCCUGCGGCGAUACAGGGACUCCAGAGAGGCAUUCCCUCAUCUGGUGAAUGCCGGGAAGUACUCCACGACCUUCAUGGUGGUGAUCUUCGCCACUCUCAAGAGUUUCUACAGCUCUCACUACGCCAGCACUUUCGACAAUCCCUACACCUGGCUGUGGAUCAUCGCCUCCAUUGUGUCCUCCUGCUACGCCUACACCUGGGACAUCAAGAUGGAUUGGGGUCUCUUCGACAAGAAUGCCGGCGAGAACACCUUCCUGCGCGAGGAGGUUGUCUACUCCUCGACGGGCUUCUACUACUUUGCCAUCGUGGAGGACCUGGCGCUGCGGUUCAUCUGGGUGCUGUCCUUCUACCUCACCGAAAUGAAGAUAGUUAGCAGCGACAUAAUGACCUCAAUCACGGGCAUCCUAGAGGUGUUCCGUCGAUUCGUUUGGAACUUCUUCCGACUGGAGAACGAACAUCUCAACAACUGCGGCAAGUUCCGAGCCGUGCGCGACAUCUCGAUAGCACCGCUGGACUCCUCCGAUCAGGCCCUGAUCCUGCGGAUGAUGGACGAGGGCGAUGGCGUCAUCAAUCGCUAUACGAAGACCAACCGGCCAAAGCCGAAGAAGAUCAAGGAUCCGGAGAAGCGGAGUCUGUUGCAGCCGCGCGGCUCCAUGCCCGAUCUCCGGCUGGAUAUCGAUAGUAAAAAGUUGUAGGAUCGCCAUCGUCGUCCUCCUGGUCGUCCUGGUCGUUGCCUCAGUGCUUCCUAUACAUAUAUAUCUACUAUAUAUUCAGCGAUUUUGCGAUACGACUUGAGGAAACUGAAACAGAAACCGAAACUGAAACAGAAACUAAAACCACUAUCGUAAUUAAUUUUUUUUCUUAAUUUGUAAUCUGUAAUCUGUAAUCUGUAAUCUUUAAUUUGUAAUGUUUUUUGUGUGCGUUGUUUAGCUAAUUUUUUGUAUAUUUAGUAACUAAGUACUUAAAGUCGAGGAGCAAUAAUUAGUCCAUAAGAUUGUUUUUUUUUUAGCAUUCCAAUCGAUGCGGUUAACUAACAAGAAGCAACAAAAAAGACCAAAA